AUGCGUACUAGGAUUGAUGUCUCUUAUGUUUUAAGUUUUACAAACAGAUGCCAGGCAAAUCUCCGUGAUGGACAUCAGAUGGCCGUCAAGAAUAUUGUCAAAUAUUUGAGAAGGACUAAGGAUAUAAUCUUGGUAUAUGAAGAAAAUAAUUUGCAAGUGGAGAGAUACAAUGAUGCCAACUGUCAAUCUGAUAAAAAUGAUAGCAAAUCUCAGUCUAGAGAUGUGUUUACUCUAAAUAGUAGUGUUGUGACUUGGAAAAGUUUCAAACAAGAGACCACAACAGAUUCUACAUCUGAAACCAAAUACAUUAUAGCAGUUGAGGCAGCUAAAGAUGCCCUUUAG